CUUGGUGAUGCAUACAACAUGUAUAAAUGAAGCAGAUCCGAAAAGCAAACAAGCACAUACUCUAUAGGUGUCUUUGAGGAAGGAGACAGUACAUAAUCAGUAGAUUGUUAACUGGGUGGAAUCAACGAGCAACAAAAGCAUUAAUUUGUUUGAGCUUCAAAAAAGAUUAUAAAACGAAAAAUGGCUUCUGCCGGAGCGAUAGAGAAGACUGAAAAGGCAAUAAAAAGUAUAUCUAAAGGAAAAGAUAAAAAAGACGACUGUUUACUGAUGAUGGCACCGUUUGCCAAUUGGGAUAGGUUUCUCACCCCAGCACCAUCAGCCAUAGCCAUACUUGGAGAACUUUUACUAAUCUCAACAAAGACAGAUUUUACCUUGACAGAACAGAUGCCAACUAACGGGUUUGACUAUAUCAAAUAUCCUGAUUCUUUCAGAGCUUGCUUAGUACAGGUGACUAACAGUGGAUGGAAUGCAUUUAACGAAGCACACACCAGUAUGGACCAAAUACGGCUGAUGUCAGGAAACGUUGAUAGUCAUAUAAAGGAUUCUGUAAGACUACUCAUGGCCGGUUCACCUAGAGAAGUGGAAGAAAUGCUCCCAUUUUCUUUAAAAAGUGUUGAACAAAUUGCCGAUGAUAGUUUGCAGUUGGCUCAGAACAUUGAGGACAAAUUUCUUUUCGUCAUGCAUCUUACCGAAGAACUUCUAGAAGCCUCAACAAAUACAAAAAGCGUGCACGAUCGAAAGGCAAAGAAUACGGCAACACAGAUAGAAGUAGCUGAGCUUGAGAAAACACGUGCAGCAGAGGCCCAAAAGGAAAGAAAGAAAAGAUAUGAAAAUAUGGAAAAACAGGUGAACAAGGCUCAGGAUGAAUAUACACAUACAAUCAAAGAUAUGCCGGGAAGCGGACAACUAUUGGGAUUGUCUUUUGCAGAGGGCAUGGUUAACUCUGUAAAGUCAAUAAUAGGACUGCCUUCAGACAUUGUCAGGGGUCUUGGAACAGGAUCCUUUCAUAUUGCACAUGAUUGGAUAAGAGGCACUCCUGAACAACCAAAAGCAAUUCUUGGAACAACCAAGGGUUAUAAUGUUAAAGUAGCUGAGCAUAACGUUCUCACAACAGUAGCAAUGAUAGAUACAAAUAUACAAAGCCUUGAACUUAUAAUUGGUACCCCUGGACACAAACCUGACCUGAAUGCAAUUAAAGAUAACAUUGGAACAUUGCAAGCUUCCCUGUCAAGGCAUCAGGCAAACGUGUCGGCAGAAAAGGAUGCCGGUAAACUUGGAGUCCGGAUUUCUGAACUUUGCAAAAAAGCUAAGGAAAUUUGCAGCGAAGCACAAAAGAUCUCUUGUGCCCUUUAUAGCGACAGAACAGUGGUAGACCUCCAAAACAAGGUUCUAGAGAUAAGAACGGAAAGUAUGUCACUUGUUGCAAAAGCAAAUAAAAAAUUGGGAAGAAAUCCGCUUGAUGAAAAGUCUCCAUGCCUUGAAAAAAUGCCUGUUCAAAGUGAAAAUCCAAACAUCGUUAAAUCAGCUAUGGAAACCGCAAGAUUUAAGACCGAGUUAGCAAAAGAAACCCUUCGAGACACAAAAGAGAGGCAGGAUGCAGCUGACAAGCAACUAGAGGAAGCAAACGAAAGACUCUGUGAUGCCUUGAAGACCAUGAAAAAACUAAAGCUCGAAGAAAUCGACUUUGACACGGUUCGCACGACUUUACAGCAGGGAAUUAGAGCUUUGGCACAAGUAAAAGCGCAGUGGGGAAAACUUGUUGUCUUUUUCGAAGAAAUAUCCAAUAUUAUCAAAUGCUGCAUGAACACGUCUCUGAAGAAGUUUGUUCAAACUGCUACUGUAAGCCGAAAACUGAAAGGAGAAGGAGAAAUGAUGUCAAAUGCUUUUCGCGCAAACAUGUAUGAACAGACGCUGCAUGCCAGCCGAGUAAGCUAUGUUGUCAGUACAAUGGCCGGGGCAUACGUUGAAAUAUCGAGAGAAAAUCUAAUGGAACAGAUAACACAACUGUCAGAUUUGAUAGGACUAGACCCUGAAAUAGAUAAGCAGAAAAUACUGUCUGGGAGACAAAAACUACAUGACCAAUGCGAAUCCGCACAACGUGCUAUAAAGAAAAAAAUCAAAGAGCAGCAUCAGAAAUAUGAAGAAGCUAUAGACGAGAGAAUUUCCAGAAUUCAACGAGAAGUGGAAGCUGUAAUGCCUCCUCCUGAUAAUUUGCCAGCAAUACAAGAAGCUGUUAAGGAAGGAUUUAAAGAAGAUGAUCUCGACGAUCUCGUAGGCUAAUUGAUACCAUUGGAUGUGUAUAGUUUUAACGCUGGUAUCGACAAAUUAAGCAAUCAUGUUAAAAAUGUAUAACCAAAUAAACUUUUAUAAUUAGUUUCAUAUGAAAUCUGUUUAAUCGGAUUUUUCAUUUUAUGUAAAUUAAGUAGGAUUGUUUUAUUGAAUGUUAUAGCAUUUUAUUGUAUUAUCCUUUCCUUGAACCCCUAAAUCAUAUAACUUGUGCUCCUCAUGUCUGGAAAACUUUAAAAAAAUUUAAUUGUGAAAGCACCAUGAAUAUACGAAAAUGAGAUGUGUACUAUACGUCAUUCCGACAACAACCCCGUGACAAGUAAUACAUUUCCCAAGAAGCAAGCCGUCACAUAGCUGGUGAAAUUGGUGAAUGGUUUCACAUUACAUUUUAACUAUUUGUAUAUAAAUUCAAGUUAAUUAGGUUAAACAUAAAAGACUUAUAUAACUUUGAGAUUUACCAUUUUUUUCAUUUUUUGGGGGUGGAGGAUGUAUAUGUAUAUACGCUGGCCAGGAACAUUCAAAACUGAUUAAAACGGCAAUGGUUGAGAUCUAAAAAUACUAAACACUAAGCUAGGUAGAGGAGUAUGUUAGACAAGGCCCAAAUAUGACCACUUUCACUUCUGUUCUCGUACUAUGAACAACAAAUUAUUUAUUUUGUAAAAAAUAUUUCCGUACUCCAUGUAUACCGAACUACAAAAUUAUUUUUAUUUACCUGAAUAUGUUAUUUUAUUUGGCGGCAUUUUGUCCAAGGUUAUGGUUAUCUUUUUGAUAUUGCUUAGGAUUUCAUGUUUGAUAUAACAGUGAAUCAUUCUUAAGACAAUAACUAGAUUAGCUAUAAUUUUUGGAAAACAUCUAAUCAUCAUUUCCAAUACCAAUAGCAUGUUCGUCUUUUAGAUGUAUAUUUUUUUUCUCUUCUCUCAUAUGAUAUGCAUAGUAUAAAUAGUCAAUAAAUCUCAACAAAUUUAAGACUCCAAUCAUUGUUUAAGUUAUAUCUGCAUUCAUCUUUUUUUUUUAUUAAAUUCAUGUUCACCGCUUCGACACAAAAUAUCAUUUUGUAUUUAUGACAGACUAAAACGUCCAUCCAAAUUACAAAAAUUCCUAAAGAAACAAUUUACAAUGCAUAACUGUUAUAAUAUACAUCAACGUUUCGUGUGUACUUAAGAAUAGACGCCAUAUAAUUAACCAAUUUUCGAAGAAUUGCGUAGGUCAUAUGACCUGAUUUAAACAUAAAUAUGAAUACAAAUACACAGGCAAGCGCGUUCAAUCGUACAAUGACAAUUUUUUUAAGUAUGUUUUAUUUCAUGUCAUAGAUUAAAAGAAAUAUGUAAAUCAUCGUUUUACCUGUAUUUGAAUGAUUUUUUUGUAGGCAGAAUAAGUCAACGAAAGAGACCAUCACGGUGGCUGCCUUGUUUCACUUUCCAAUGUUGACCUUCUACUAUUUUUAAUAACUAAACAUGCUUAGCCCAUACGUAGUCCAUGCCAGUUAAGGGUUGAAUUGAAGUUUGCAUGAAUACGGAUUCAAAUGAGUUGAAUUUUUGAAUUGCAAGCCAAAAUACAUCAUCAGCUUAUUUUGACAAAAUUGAACCAAAACUAGCUGCUUAUAAUGAAAUAUUAUUUCACAAUUCUGCUUUUAUAAAUGUUUAAAAAAAAAAAUCUUAUUUUGAUUAUUUGUCAACUUCGUAGCUAACGCCCCUUUAAUGUAUGUUUUACAUGUAUUGACAACUAUUCUUUGUAUUAUAGCUAUACUUUGGAGGAUUAAAAAGUUAAAAUAUUGUAAUAACAUGUCCAUUGUACAAGACCGUAGGUUGAACUUUAGAAGUAAAUUAUUUUGUGUGUCGUUUAAUUGGGUUGCUGUCUUAAUUAAAAAUGAAUAAUUCACGUCUUAUUUAAAUCAUUCAUAGAAAGUAAGCAUCGCUUAAGAUAUGUCAACAUGCAUGUAUUAUAAUUGCUUUUAUCGUCUGAGAGUCGUUUUUUCUCCUUUUAUCCCCUUCGGAUUUAUUCGUCAUCUGUUUUUCUUCAAUUUUUGCUUUUUAGGUAGGGAUAGCUAGACAACUUCCAACCCAGCCCAAAUCCUCCACUAAAGAUCCCCGUGUAAAACAAUAUUAUUAGUCCUAACCAAUCAACAGACUAACCUGGUCCGCUUUUCUGUUUAAAAGCUGUCUAACAAUAAGCGAACACAACAGGUGACCAGUUUAUCAACGGACUCAACUAUUAAAGAGUCAGUAUUAUCUUCCAAUCAGGUAGUAGGAAAUUAUUCAGUUCGAAUACCGUUUCCUCGAAGACGAUAAUCAGAAGAUUUCUUACAUUAUUACACCUUAUACAAGUAAACUGGAUUUUGAUUGGUUGAGAGCCAGUGUAUUUUUCAUGUAUUUUCUUUUAUCUAAUAAAUAUCGUUUAUAGUUCACCGCCGCGGGGUAUAUGCCCAAGGGUAUGCCUUUUUUACACUCUCUGUCGUGGUAUAAACCGAAAUGUAGAUACAUUUUUUACCCUCCAGGGAGACGCUUGAUCAUUUGUGCGUUUUAUAAAAUGCAACUGUGUUUGUUACCGUCGUGAUAUCUAGUAAUGUAACUAAAUCGAAUGUGUAUCUUAACCAUUUCUAUUGAUAUUUGAUUUAAAUAAACAGAUAAAGCAUGCUCAUGAGGUAAAUUUGAGAAAAAUACCAGUCUUGAGAAGGUAUUUCCUUCGCCUGUUGGCUCAUGACAUUUUACCAUCUCUCGACACUCCCCAGAAUUUUUCACAAAUACCACUCCUCGACAUGAUAUAUCUGUUAACUAUCUAGUCUAUCUAGCCAUUCUGGGUCCUCUCCAACUAACUUACAUGACCGCUUUUUCAUAUAAAUCUUAUAAAAAAAGGGAGAGUGUAAAAAGAAACCGAGAUUAUUUUAAAAUUAAAACAAUUAGAAGAAAAUGCAAAAACAGAAGAAAAUCUGGAAGAGAUAGACCAGAAAAAUGCAGAACUAAAAAUGUAUAGACAAAAGAAGGUUCAGGUACAAAAUAUCAGAUCAAGAAGUCAGUGGAUUGAAGAAGGGGAAACACCUACUAACUUUUUUUUUAAAUCUAGAGACUAGAAAUUAUAUUAAUAAGACUAUACAGAAACUUACAUUAGAAAAUAGGGUUGUAGUGGAAGAACAAAAAUAAAUAUUAAGUCAGACAAAAGUGUUUUAUGAGAAAUUUUAUAAAAAACAAGAUUUUUGAAAAGUGUUGAUUUAACGCAGGACAUUUUUAUGAUGAUAUACCGAUGCUGAGCGAGGAUGAAAAGCAGUUAUUGGAGAGAAAUAUUAGUUUCUCUGAAUUAUCUGCAGCAUUAAAGAGAAUGAAAAAUAACAAGAGUCCAGGCUCUGAUGGUUACACCGCAGAAUUUUUUUAAUUUCUUUGGAUUGAUAGUGGUAAAUUUGUUCUUAAAUCUAUAAAUUUUGGAUAUGGGAAGGGUCAAUUUAUAGUCACCUAGAAGCAGGGAGUGAUUAAAUUUAUUCCAAAAGAAGGUAAACCAAAACAAUUUCUUAAAAAUAUGAGACCUAUUACUCUUCUUAAUUCUACAUAUAAAUUGGCAUCAAGCUGUAUAGCAGAGAAAAUAAAAUCUGUUUUGUCAAAAUUAAUAAGUUCUGAUCAAACUGGUUUUAUUCCAGGUAGAUAUCUAGGGCAAAAUUGUCGAUUGAUAUAUGACAUUCUGCAUUUUACUGAAGAAAAUAAUAUUCCAGUUGUUGAUUGAUUUUGAGAAGGCAUUUGAUUCCAUAUCUUGGUCCUUUAUUUAUGAUACAUGAAGAUAUUUUAAUUUUGGAGAUUUAGGUAUAUCCUGGGUUAAAACUUUUUUAAAGUAAUAUGACAGCUGCAGUGACACAAAACUGUUUUCUGUCAGAAUUCUUCACUGUAGAAAGAGGCUGUAGACAGGGGGGAUCCUUUAUCCCCUUAUAUUUUCUUGCAAUGUGCAGAAAUAUUAGGCAUUUUAGUAAGAGGUAGUAGGGAGACAAGGGGUAUUUCUAUAGAUGAUACAGAAUUUAUACUUUCUCAAUAUGCGGAUGAAACAUCAUUGAUAUAAGAUGGCUCGCCAGAAUCACUCGAUGCAUCUCUUACUGUUCUCCGAUUUUAUGCUGGAAUCUCGGGACUUAGGAUUAAUAUAGAAAAAACAAAUGUUAUUUGGAUAGGUAGCAAAAAACAUAGCCAAGAUCAAAUUUGUAUUAAGUGGGGAUUGAAAUGGGGCUUCAGCACAUUUAAGCUUCUUGGAAUUACUUUUUCAGUUGAUCUAGAUAGAAUGAUUUAUUUAAAUUAUAGGUCAGUGUUAAAUAAUAAAGACAACACUUUGGAAAAAUGGUCAAAAUAGUAUCUAACCCCCUUUGGAAAAAUUACCAUUUUGAAAACUUUGGUCAUAUCUUAAUAAAAUCAUCUGUUUCUAUCUAGUCAAGAUGAGAAUAUGUUACGUAAUUUGACAAAUAAAAUGUAUACAUUUAUAUGGGAUAAUAAACUGGAUAAGGUCAAGCGAGAUCUUUUAUGUCAAGAUUAUUUUUUGGUGUUUUAAAAAUGUUAAAUUUAAAAGCAAUUUAACUGGGAAAAAAUACACAUUUCGUUUACAAAAUAUACUAGAAGUACUAAGCUUUGCUGGUUCCAAUAUAGAAUCAUCCAUAUAAUGUUUUUUCUGCAAAGAAGUUUUGACAAAUUUAAAUGCUUUAAAUAAAUAUUUAAAGGAAAUCAUGAACAUUUAAUCAUUUCAUUUAAAAAAACUCUCUGAAGAGGAUUACAACAAAUACUGGGGUCCCUGGAUCCCCAUUACAGACUAAUAAAUAAAUGUCGAUUUUUGUUUUAUCAAUUUUAUUUAAACACCGCACAUAGAUAUUCCAAGAAUGAAAUAAGAUUCCAUUGUUAUUAGAUGAUUAUUUAUAUUUAACUUAAUGUUACACUAUAUAAAUAACACAUAGCUGAGAGGGUGAUAGAGCAGAUUGUUACCCCGAGAAAACAUUGUCAACUGAGGCGAAGCCAAGGUUGACAAUGUCUUUUCGAGGGGUAACAAUCUGCUCUAUCACCCUCUCAGAUAUGUGUUAUUUAAUUUAUUAUACUGAAUGUUCUGUCAUUACUGUCUAUUAAAUUUCAAAUUCAAAGUAAUAAACUAUGACGUCUUGUACAUAGCAACCAUCCGUAUUUAGUAAAGCUCACAUUUGAUCAAUCGUCUCCGUGAAGGGUAAUAGAGUAUUUACCAUAGGAUAGAGUAAAUUGUCUCCCUCGUAUUAACCAAUCAAAAUCUGGCAUUUUGACAUGAAGUGUAAUAACAUUAUAUAUUCAAUUGUUGUUUUUGAUUUAAAACUUCCUUGCUGUGAAUAUGCCAUUAUGUAUACCUUUGUUCAUACAUGUUGUGCUAGUCUAUUUGUUACAAUAAAGCAAAUUCAUUAGAAAAAAAACUUACAUGACCGCCAUGUUUACCUUUUUAGAUAGUCUCUCAUAACUCUUUUUAGAGUGGCUCUUGUAUGUUUAAUGAUUAUGUUUUAUUAACUUUUUGUAUGUUUUAUAAAAUGAAGAGGUGAGACUUAAAUAAAAUAUUGUCCCAAAAGCAUUGAACCAUCAUAGCCCUGUUCAAAACAAAAGAUAAGCGGAAAAAGUCAUGCAAAUCCAAUCUUUUGUUACUUUUGUUACUAAUUUCAAAUAUAAAUUAUAAUGUGGUUAAAGAAAGAUUUGAUCGUUUUCGUGGAUUUUUGCAAUGACAAAUAAGCGGCAACAGACCUUUCACGAUCCUUUUCACGAUCAUCAAAAUUCGGUUUCUGAUUAACUAAAACAUAAUUACUUUAAGAACUAUUUUAAACAGUAAUAUUGAACGAUAUUUUAAGAGAAAAGUCGUUAAUGCAUUAAAAAUUUGAAAACAAUCAUGUUAGUUACAUGUUUAUUUCUAUAAAAUUUCGAGGAGCAAUCUGCCUUUUGUAGUUUUGUAAAAACAGUAUAGUUUUAAAACUUCAUUUUCCCCGAAAACUGAUCAUAAUGUUGAACUAUUUUGACAGACAUUUUUAUUGUUCUAAUAUUUGUCAUUAUAAUUCAUUAAACUAGAUUAUUUACUGA